AUGUCUGCUGCUGCCCGUCGGGCCAAGCUCGAACAGCUUGUCGCUCUCCGCAAGUCCGGGAAGAAGAGCGGUUCGACCUGGCAGCCUGAGGAACAGGAGGAUAUCUACGAAGAAGUCGACGAUGAGGGCUACAAGAAGAUCAUCCGGGAUCGUCUCGACCAGGAUGACUUUGUCGUCGAUGACAAUGGCGCCGGCUACGCGGACGACGGCCGCGAAGUGUGGAACGAAAACACCGUGGACUACGACAGCGAUGAGAGCGACGAAUUGCCCGCUCGAGGCAAAAAUGCCAAGCGGAAACGCGAGGAGGAGCAGCAGCGGAAGGAGAAGAUGAACAAUGGUAUUACCAACUACUUCAACAAAGGCCAUGGCGCUGCAGCCGCCCCGAAGCCCAAACUCGUUGCCAACGCCGAUGACCAGGCGUUCAUGGCCGGCCUACUCGAUGAAGUUGACACCAAUGUGGUGUCGAAUCACGUCCCGACACGAAACAUAGUCAAAUCAGAGGCGCGACGCAAAGUCCGAGUUCUCUCCCCACCCUUGUCCGAAAGGCGGCACCGGGAGAAACCCAUAAAAAAGGAACACGAAAUGCCUAGCUCCCCCAUCAAGGACCAACCCAUGCUCCCCUCUGAAGAUUUCGACGACGGCCCGUUGCCUAUGAUGGACGACGAAGAUGUUCCUAUGAGCGACAAUCCCAUGCCCUCGUCACCAAUCAGCAAGGCAGCGGAACGCAAAAGCGCUAUGAAGAUUAAGGCCGAAGAGUCUGAGGAGGAAGACACCGACCUGAUGGAUGUUGCGGAAGCCACGGUUUCGGAGUCCAAGGCGGCCAAUGUUAAUAUGACGGGGAGCCGGCCACCUCCAAAACUCAAGGAGACUCUUCCAACACCAGCAAGCUCGUCCCCGGUCAAAGCAUUACCGGAGGUCAUGGAUGCUUCCUGGAACGAUGUCAGGAGCAAGUUGAACGUUCUCAGCAGCCCGGCCAAGGAAUUGCAUAGCUUUGGAAAACUGCGCGCCCAGGAUGUCGUCGAAGAAGAUGGCAGCCUGCGCAUGUUUUGGCUAGAUUAUACUGAGGUCAACGGAAGCCUGUGUCUGUUCGGAAAGGUGAAGAACAAGCAGAACGGCUCCUACGCCAGUGCUUUCGUCAAAGUCGACAACAUCCUGCGAAAGCUGUACUUCCUUCCUCGGGAGCAUCGACACAAGCAUGGAAGACAGACCGAUGAUGAGGUUGACAUGCAAGACGUCUACCAAGAGGUUGAUGAGAUGAUGACGAAGAUGCGCGUUGGCAUGCACAAGAUCAAGCCCUGCACGCGCAAAUACGCCUUUGAAAUGCCCGGCGUCCCCAAGGAAGCGGAAUAUCUCAAGAUGUUAUAUCCGUACGACAAGCCUGCCCUGCCCAUGGACGUUAAGGGCGAGACGUUCUCGAAUGUCUUUGGCACCAACACCUCUCUGUUCGAGCAGUUUGUCCUCUGGAAAAACAUCAUGGGCCCCUGCUGGCUCAGAAUCGACGAGGCCGACUUCUCGGCAGUCAACAAUGCAUCCUGGUGCAAGUUCGAGUGCCAGGCAGCCAAGCCUGCGCUCAUCAGUCCGGUUCCCGACACCGAGAACCUGGACGCUCCGCCCUUGACCCUCAUGAGUCUUUCCUUCCGAACUCAACUCAACGUCAAGGAUAACAAACAAGAGAUCUUGGUGGCGAGUGCCAGAGUAUACGAGAAUGUUUCUUUGACUGACACUACUCCUCCCGAGAAACUGCCUUGCAAAACCUUCACUGUCAUGCGUCCCUCUGGUGCGUCUUACCCAAUGCAUUUUGAAUCUGAGACGCGGAAGCAGCGAGGCACUUUCAUGUUGGAAAAGAGCGAACAAUUCCUGCUCAGCAAAUUUCUGGCGUUGUUCGAGAGAAUGGAUCCUGAUGUCAUCAUGGGUCACCAGCUGCAGGAUGUCGAUCUCAGCAUUCUUCUGAACCGGAUGCGCGAGAAGAAGACCCCUGGAUGGCAUCGUAUCGGUCGACUCAAGCGAGGAGAUUGGCCCAAGAACUUUAAUAGGGGUGGCAGUUUCUUUGCGGAGAGGCAGCUGAUUGCCGGGCGACUGCUCUGUGAUGUCGGCAACGAUAUGGGCAAGUCCCUCAUGAUGAAAUGUCAAUCGUGGAGUCUGACGGAGAUGUGUCAACUUUACCUCGGCGAGGGCAACGCGCGUCAGGAGUUGGAUGUCGAAGCCGCAUUGAAGUCGUGGGCUACCACCAAGGAGGGGCUUAUGAAUUUCGUCAACCACUGCGAUACAGACACAUACUUCAUUGCUGCCCUGGUUCUGCGCCUGCAAAUGUUACCUCUCACGAAGGUCCUCACUAACAUUGCCGGAAACUCCUGGGCACGCACACUGAGCGGUACUCGCGCCGAGCGUAACGAGUACAUUCUGUUGCACGAGUUUCAUCGGAAUAAGUAUAUCUGUCCGGACAAAUACUCCUCUCGCCUGCAGAAGCAAGAGGAGAAGAUGUUGGAAGGCGAUGACGAGGAAUCAGUGGACAAGAAGAAGAAGGACAAGUACAAAGGUGGUCUCGUCUUCGAGCCAGAGAAAGGACUUUACGACCGCUUCAUCCUUGUCAUGGAUUUCAACAGUUUGUAUCCCAGCAUCAUCCAGGAGUUUAACAUCUGCUUUACGACUGUGGAUCGAACAGCCACGUCCGAGAACGAGAAUGAAGAGAGGGUUCCCGAUGUUCCCCCGUCUGAUGCAGAGCAGGGCGUUCUGCCUCGUCUAAUUGCGACUUUGGUCAGCCGUCGGCGCGAAGUGAAGAAGUUGAUGAAGGAUAAGCGUGCCACUCCUGAGCAACUUGCCCUGUGGGAUACGAAGCAACUGGCCUUCAAGUUGACUGCGAACUCCAUGUAUGGAUGUUUGGGAUACACCCAGAGUCGCUUCUAUGCCCGGCCCCUGGCCAUGCUCACCACCUUCAAGGGUCGUGAGAUUUUGAGAAGCACCAAGGAUCUGGCAGAAAGCAAGCAGCUUAGAGUCAUCUACGGUGAUACUGAUUCCGUCAUGAUCAACACCAACAUGGACACCAUCAGUGACGCGCUCAAGGUUGGUGAUGAGUUUAAGAAGUUGGUCAACGAACAGUACCGGCUGCUGGAGAUUGACAUCGACAAUGUCUUCCGUCGACUGCUGUUGCAUGCCAAGAAGAAGUACGCUGCCGUCAAUCUGACCGAGGUGGAUGGCAAGUACGUUGAGAAACUGGAGGUCAAGGGUCUUGACAUGAAGAGACGUGAAUACUGUGCUCUUUCGAAGGAGGUGUCAUCAAGGCUUCUCAACGAGAUCUUGUCCGGUGAGGAUCAAGAAAUCGUCCUCAACAAGGUCCACGACUACCUGCGCGAGCUUGCGGGCAAGAUGAAGGAAUAUACGAUUCCAAUGCAGAAAUAUGUCAUCUACACGAAACUCUCCAAGCGGCCCGAAGAAUACCCCAACAAGGAGAGUAUGCCACCGGCGCAGGUUGCGCUUCGUGACAUCGCCCGAGGCAAGAAUAUCCGGCCGAACGAUGUCAUUUCGUACAUCGUGACGACCGGCGACUCGGAAACCUCGUCUCUGCCGCCGGCGAAGCGAUCCUACAGCCCACAAGAUGUACUGAAGCAGAACUCCGGUCUCAAACCAGAUGUCGAGUUCUACCUGCUCAAACAGAUCUUCCCUCCCAUUGAGCGUCUCUGUGCUCCAAUCCCGGGCACCGACGCUGUCCGCCUAGCUGAGUGCUUGGGUCUCGAUGUUCGCAAGUACCAGAUCAACACAUCCAGCACGAACAACCAGCAAAACAGUGAGAUCUUCCCACUGGAGUCGCAGAUCCCGGACUCUGUCCGCUUCGCCAACUCUGCACGACUGACCUUGCGCUGCCGCUUCUGCAAGGAGCAGUCCGUGUUCGAGGGACUUGUGGAGUCGUCACACAUGUGCUCGCCGCACGGAAUCAUCUGUUCCAACGAGAGCUGCCACAAACCAUUUGCGGUUCUGACCAUCAUCGCACAGCUUGAAAGUCAAAUCCGCGAACAGACCGCCCGAUACUACGAAGGCUGGCUGGUCUGCGACGAUUCCGCAUGUGGCAACCGCACGCGGCAGAUCAGCGUGUACGGGCACCGGUGUCUUGGUCCCCGCGGGCGUGCCGAGGGCUGUCUCGGUCGGAUGUCGUACGAGUACUCCGAGAAGCAAAUGUACAGCCAGCUUCUGUACUUUGCCGGUCUCUGGGACGUGGACAAGGCCAAGGCUGCGGCGGCGAAGGAAUCCGGCGAGAAGAAGGACAGUCUGGCUGCUCUGGUCGAGUUCAACCGCACGCGGUUCGGUACGAUCAAGACUGUCGCUGAUGGCUAUUUGAAGAAAUGUGGCCGGCAAUGGGUGGAGAUGGACGGUCUGUUCCGUUUCAUGUUACAAAUUCGACAGUUCCGCCAGCCUGUUGACUCUGCCAUGCCUCCGAAGCGGGUCUUGGUCAUUGCUGGGUCGGACAGCUCUGGUGGCGCUGGCCUGGAGGCUGACCAGAGGGUCCUUGCGGCUCAUGGCUGCUAUGCGCUCACAGCCACGACGGGGCUGACAGCACAAAACACACUGGGCGUGCAAGACAUCUUCGUUGUACCCCCGGAGUUUGUGAGGAAGCAGAUCAGGGCUGGUCUAGAGGAUAUCGGUGCCGAUGUUGUGAAACUAGGAAUGCUCUCAUCUGCGGAGACCAUUGAUGUCAUUGCAGAGACACUUCCAGCUUACCAAGUCCCCUUCGUCGUUCUGGAUCCGGUCAUGGUAUCGACGAGUGGAUCCCAACUGCUACCAGAAAAGGCAGUCAAGGAACUCCGAACAAAGCUGCUUCCCAUCACCACUAUCCUAACUCCGAACAUACCCGAAGCUCAGCUCCUACUGAAAGACGCCGGAGCAGAUGCUCCCGAACCAGAGAAUCUUGAGGAGCUGAUUUGGCUCGCGAAGAAAGUAUGCUCACUCGGCUCCAAGGCUGUCCUGCUCAAGGGGGGCCAUCUUGUUCUCACGAAAGAGUACAAAAAGGCUCAGAGCCCGCAAGAAGCGACGACUGUCGUAGAUGUCCUCUUUGAUGGAGAGAGCGUUACUUUGUUCGAGACAGAGUACUUGGUCUCAAAGAAUACCCAUGGAACAGGCUGCUCGCUUGCUUCUGCUAUUGCCGCAAAUUUGGCACAGGGGAAGGACAUGGCAAGAGCCGUUCGCAGUGCCGUGCGGUUUGUUGAGGCUGGUAUCAAGACCAGCACUGAUUUGGGCAGGGGAAGUGGACCCAUCAACCAUUUUCAUUCGGUUUAUACAAUGCCCUUCGCACCUGGAGGAUUCCUCGAAUACAUUUUGGAUCGUCCAGAUGUCCAGCCGGUGUGGGAGAGAUUCACUUAUCAUGACUUUGUGGAUGGCAUGGGCCAAGGAUCACUUCCGGUCGACCGGUUCAAAGAAUAUCUCGUGCAAGACUAUCUCUACCUAGUCCAAUUUGCGCGGAGCAACGCAUUGGCAGCUUACAAAGCGAAGAGCAUGGAGUCAAUAUCUGCUUCCGCCCGAAUCGUGCUUCAUAUCGAAAGGGAGAUGGCAUUGCAUCUAGAUUACUGUGCUUCUUUCGGUCUCACAAAGCAGGAGAUGGAAAACCACCCCGAAACAAUCGCCUGCACUGCGUACAGCAGAUACAUUCUGGACGUCGGGCAAUCCGACGACUGGCUCGCACUGCAAAUGGCGCUCGCACCAUGCCUGAUCGGCUAUGCCGCUAUUGCACGCCGGCUCUACGGCGAGGAAAAACCCUACGCCAGGGUAACCAGUACUGGAAAUGGAUAG